AUGAGGGGUAGUGUGAAAAUUAUUUUUCUCUUGCUGAAUCACAAAGACGUAGAAUCAAAGAGCUUCUUUUGGACAUACUGAUUUUCCUCUCUUUCUUCUUUUCUUCUCUCUCUUCUCUUCCUUGUGGAUAUUAUGGCUAAUAACACAACAAGUUUAGGGAGUCCAUGGCCAGAAAACUUUUGGGAGGAUCUUAUAAUGUCCUUCACAGUGUCCAUGGCAAUUGCACUUGUGAUUGGAGGAUUUAUUUGGGCUUUAUUUGUUUGUUUGUCUCGAAGAAGAGCCAGUGCCCCCAUCUCACAGUGGAGUUCAAGCCGGCGAUCUAGAUCUUCCUACUCCCAUGGCCUCAACAGAACUGGAUUUUACCGCCACAGCGGCUGUGAACGUCGAAGCAACCUCAGCCUGGCCAGCCUCACUUUCCAGCGCCAAGCAUCCAUGGAACAAGCAAAUUCCUUUCCCAGAAAAUCAAGCUUCAGGGGGUCAACGUUCCAUCCCUUCCUGCAAAGUCCACCCCUUCCCGUGGAAACUGAGAGUCAGCUGGUGACUCUUCCUUCUUCCAGUACCUCUGCCACCAUCAACCCGUGCCACAGUCUAGGCCGUCCUGAUUUUCACUGGUCCAAUAAUAGCCUUCGGAUUGGUCUUUCAGCCCCACCCCCCACCUGCCUAUGAGUCAAUCAUAAAGGCAUUCCCGGAUUCCUGAGGAGUGUGCUUUCUUUUUUAAUUUCUUUCUCUUGUCUUAUUGAAAGGAAAGCACAGAAUUUUGAGAACACAGCCGAAGCGACUCAUGAGUUUCCAAGCGGAAACGCGCACAUGCAAGUUGGACAUGACGAUGUAAAAUACCUUUUCUUUGAACACUUUUUUUUCCUUUAUCUCACAAAACAAUAAUAUUUUACCAAAUAGUUAUAUAUUUAUGUAUUUUGUAUUCAACAUGAGGACUAUUAUAGAUGGUGAUUCUAAACUAAGAAUCAGCUGGAUACAGUAUAUAUAUUUUAGACUAAAUAAAAACUAGAUAUUUGUGGUUUACAAUCCUCAUUCACUGCCCACUGUGACUCUACAGGAGGAAGAAAUUACGGUGUUAACUUCUUAAAUUUUUUUUUUUUAUCCUAAGGAAUUUUAAUUUUACUUUCUUUAGAAAGACAAGUAAAUCAUUGUACAGCCUUGGAUUUUUAAUGGAUUAUAUGGACACAAAACUAUAGAACACAGGAGUUUUUGUUUUUGAUUUUUCUAAUGGCUGCAACCUGUGGCAUUUGGAAGUUCCUGGGUCAGGGAUUAAAUCCAAGCCACAGCUGUGGCAACACCAGAUCGUUAACCCACUGUGCUGGGCUGGGGAUGGAACACACGCCUCUAUAGCAACCCAGCCAGAGCCACUGUGGUAGGAUUCUUAACCCACUGCAUAGCAGCUGAAGCAUCUCAUAGGAGAUUUUAAAGUUCCUUGCUUCCACUUAUUUAUGAGAAUUGAGGGAAUCUAGCAAGAGGGAAAGCGCAUUGCCUAGGGCUCUUCUGUAACUUCAUAAAUAAGGAAGGGUCUGUGGGGAGAGAGUCUGUCACCCAAAUGGAUGUUACAACCAUUCUCCUUCAUGAAUUGACCCAUUGGUCACCAUCUUUUGCUCCUCUAUGACUUCCAACCUCAGAUUCUGCGAAGAGUCUUUGCAUAGUGGUUAGACCUUUUCAAAUGGUCCUUGAUGCAGUUAUUUAAGGAGUCCACCUUUACGGGUGGCCACUGUCUUAAAGGAAGGUCCAUCUCCCCAUGGGGAUACCAGAGAGCAUCCGUGGCCAGAGGUCCAUGGCUGUCCUUUUUCAUUUAAGGACAUGACUUCACAGGAUUAUUACUCAAAACACCUGUGAUUCAUUUCUGAUAUGGUGAAUAUUUAGCUUAUGUUGCUAUUUGUUUCUCUGAACACUGGGAUAUUCGGGGAGGAAAAACCUACUCUCAUUUUAGUUUUUGCCAUGCAGCAGUCUCAGCUAAUAGUGUCUGAAAGUGGCUCGAGAAUGUCAUACUUUUUGCAUAAUAAGGUAUUCCAAAUAGUAUUUUCCUUCUUGUUUUAUAUAGCUUACAUUUUCCAUUGUUCCUCAAGGACAAUUAUUCUUAAUGAUGUCUACAGUAUAUGUCUGUAGAUAGAUGCUCUCUAAGGCAAUAGACCUGAGAAAAGAAGGGAAGAUGAAAGAAAGGAAAGAAACCAAGAAA